GGUGCACCCAGCCCGGGCAGGAGGCUGAGACGAUGCCUCUGUUGAGGUGACCACCACAGGACUAUGGCAGAUGAAUAAAAUCAGCUCCUAAUUAGCUCCUCCAUCUGAUGAAAACAUGGCUCCUGUUUCCAAGCGGGUGAGGAGGAGGUGAGAGCGGCGGCGGUGGAGGCUCAAGAUAGAAGCGCUUUCCUUGGAGGUGUAGGGAGGAAGGGAGGGGGGGCCGGCGGCGCUCUCUUGUCUCGUAAGAGGAUAAAGAGAAAAGGGAAAUCGAGCUAUUUUUAAGCGGACUGUUUGGGCCGGACCCCGGUGACACCAUGACCAGCGGGCCGGAUGAGAGCACGGUGCGCGUCGCCCUGAGGAUUCGUCCUCAGCUGGCCAAAGAAAAGAUUGAGGGUUGUCACAUCUGUACGUAUGUGAUGCCCGGGGAGCCCCAGGUGGUCCUGGGUAAGGACAAGGCCUUCACCUAUGACUACGUGUUCGACAUGGACACCCAGCAGGACAGCAUCUACACCCACUGCACAGAGAGACUCAUCGAGGGCUGCCUUGAGGGCUACAACGCAACCAUCUUCGCUUAUGGACAGACAGGUUCGGGGAAGACCUACACCAUGGGAACCGGCUUCGACGUCAACAUCGGAGAGGAUGGGCUGGGUAUCAUUCCCCGGGCCGUCAACCACCUGUUCAAAGGGAUCGAGGAGCGCAGACAGGCCGCCACCGAGCAGGGCAGGCCAGUCCCUGAGUUCAAGAUCAAUGCACAGUUCCUGGAGCUGUACAACGAGGAGGUGCUGGAUCUGUUCGACUCCACGCGCGACAUCGAGGCCAGGAAACAGAAGUCCAAUAUCAAAAUCCACGAGGACGCCAAUGGAGGCAUCUACACUGUUGGGGUCACCACCCGCACUGUCACCUCUGCAGCCGAGAUGAUGCAGUGUCUAAAGCUGGGCGCUCUGUCUCGCACCACCGCCAGCACCCAGAUGAAUGUCCAGAGUUCGCGCUCCCACGCCAUCUUCACCAUCCACCUGUGCCAAGUUCGAGUCUGCUCUCCCGAUAACAACGAUAAUGUAACAGACAACCGUUUAGCCAACGACUCGGAGAUUAAUGAGUUUGAGACGCUGACGGCCAAGUUUCAUUUUGUUGACCUGGCUGGUUCAGAGAGGCUGAAGAGAACUGGAGCGACAGGAGACAGAGCGAAAGAGGGCAUCUCCAUCAACUGUGGUCUGCUUGCUCUGGGGAACGUCAUCAGUGCGCUGGGCGACAGGAGUAAACGCUCCACUCAUGUGCCUUACAGAGACUCCAAACUGACACGGCUGUUACAGGACUCACUAGGUGGCAACAGUCAAACUGUGAUGAUCGCCUGUAUCAGCCCGUCAGACCGGGACUUCAUGGAGACUUUGAACACCCUGAAGUACGCCAACCGAGCCCGAAACAUCAAGAACAAGGUGAUGGUGAACCAAGACAGAGCCAGUCAGCAGAUCAGCGCUCUGAGGACCGAAAUGGCUCGACUGCAGAUGGAGCUGAUGGAGUACAAGACAGGAAAGCGAAUGGUGGGUGAAGAUGGGAUGGAGGGCAUCAACGACUUGGUCCAUGAGAACUCUAUGCUGCAGACAGAGAACAACCACCUGAGGGUGAGGGUGAAGGCCAUGCAGGAGACCAUUGACGCUCAGAGAGCCAGACUUACACAGAUCCUCAGUGACCAGGCCAACCAGGCUCUGGCUAAAGCAGGUGAAGGUAAUGAAGAAAUUGGAAACAUGAUUCAGAACUAUAUCAAAGAAAUCGAGGAGCUCAGAGCUAAACUUCUUGAAAGUGAGGCUGUGAGUGAGAACCUGAGGAAGAACCUGUCUCGAGCCUCCACUCGCUCCUCGCUGUACGGAGGCCCCGGCUCCUUCUCCCCGGCCUUGCUCGCCCCCGAGGAGGCUGCCAGCGACGUCAUCAUGAUGGCCAAGAAGGACUUGGAGAAGCUCAAGAAGAAGGAGAAGAAGAAGAAGAAGAGCGUUAUCAAAGAGGAAGUCCCAGACAAUGACCAGGAGCGAGGCAGUGAGGAGGCAGAGGUGGAGGGCAGCGAUCACGACGAAGGGGAGGAUGCAGAUGGAGACGAGGAAGACUUUGACAUGGCGGGAGAAGAGACGUCUGAUGAAUCGGACUCUGAAGAACUGGAGGAGAAAGAAAACGUCCAGGCUGACCUGGCCAACAUCACUUGUGAGAUCGCCAUCAAACAAAAGCUGAUAGAUGAGCUGGAGAACAGCCAGCGGCGUCUGCACACGCUCAAACAGCAGUACGAACAGAAGCUGAUGAUGCUGCAGAACAAGAUCAGAGACACGCAGCUGGAGAGGGACAAGGUGCUGCACAAUAUGGGUACAGUGGAGUCGGGCACCGAGGAGAAGGCCAAGAAGAUCAAAGUUGAGUAUGAGAGGAAGCUGAGCUCCAUGAACAAAGAGCUGCAGAAGCUCCAGUCAGCUCAGAAGGAGCACGCUCGCCUGCUGAAGAACCAGUCGCAGUAUGAGAAACAGCUCAGGAAACUCCAGCAGGAUGUGACCGAGAUGAAGAAGACCAAGGUGUCACUGAUGCGUCAGAUGAAGGAGCAGCAGGAGAGGAACAGGGCCACAGAGUGCAGGAGAAACAGGGAGAUCGCCACUCUGAAGAAAGACCAGCGCAGAGCCGAGCACCAGGUGAGGCAGCUUGAGGCCCAGAAGCGACAACAGGAGUUGGUUCUACGCAGAAAGAACGAAGAGGUGACAGCUCUCAGGCGGCAGGUGAGGCCUGUGUCCGGGAAGACGAGCCGGAAGGUGAGCUUACCUGAACCUCUCCAUGAGCCGUCACAUCGAGCCACACCAGGAAGGCUGCACACGUCUGGAGCAUCCCAAUCCAAUGGAGCCAGGAGGUCUCCAGUGCGGAUGGGAAGCAUCUACCUCAGCAGGACGGCCAGGGCCAAAUGGCAGUCACUGGAGAGACGUGUCAGUGACAUCAUCAUGCAGAGGAUGACCAUCUCUAACAUGGAGACGGAUAUGAACCGACUGCUGAAGCAACGUGAGGAACUGACCAGGCGCAGGGAGCGAGUGUCCAGAAAGAGAGAGAAGAUGGCGGUGGACGGUGCAGACGCUGACCGCUCCCUGGCUUCCCUGAAUGAAGAGCUGGAGUCUCUGAGUGCCAACAUCGACUACAUCAAUGACAGCAUUGCAGACUGCCAGGCCAACAUUAUGCAGAUGGAGGAAGCCAAGGAGGAAGGAGACACAGUGGAUGUUACUGCAGUGGUCAGCUCCUGCAACCUAUCAGAGGCCCGCUUCCUCUUGGAUCAUUUCAUGACUAUGGCCAUCAAUAAGGGUCUGCAGGCCGCUCAGAAGGAUUCCCAGCUGAAGGUCAUGGAGGGCAGGUUGAAGCAGACGGAGAUUAACAGCGCCACCCAGAACCAGCUGCUGUUCCACAUGCUGAAGGAGAAAGCUGAAAUCAACCCAGAGCUAGAUGCCCUGCUGGGCAGCGCUCUGCAAGAGUUAGGUUACCUGUCACCAGAAAAUGGAGAUGACAGCAGCAGUGACGAGUCCACCCCCAGCCCAGCCGCAGAGGGCAGCACACUUGCAUCAGAUCUGAUGAAGUUAUGUGGCGAAUCCAGACCGAGGAGUAAGGCUCGCAGGCGCACCACCACGCAGAUGGAGCUGCUGUACGCCAGCAGUGGGGAUCUAUCCUGCGAAUCCCCCACCGGAGACUUCUCGGCCCCUCUGCUGCCGCUGUCGGAGCGCCUGGAAGGGCCGGCGGACAUGCUGGGUCACGCGGCUGGUCAAACCCCUGACCGCGAGCAAACCGUUUCCCCAUCUGCCCUGUCUGCCAGGCCAGCUGGCAUAUCUGGAGCCAGGUCACCUACAGGGACCGAGAGGAGGCAACUGGAGCGUUCGCCCCUCAACCGAAGGAAGACGCAAGAGAAAGGACCCACAGUGACACACAUCCCAACACCCACACACACAACCGUUAGCACAGCAGAAGCCAAAACGAAAAGCAGUGACUACAAAACACUGCUGGAGGAGCCACCUGUAUUUGAGAGCCAUAGAGGCGUGAUCAACCCUGUGACGGCCCCUAAGAACAGCCGGGGGGCCAAACUCCAGUGUGUCUACGUCGCUGAGGGCCACACCAAGCCUGUUCUGUGUGUCGAUGCCACUGAUGAUCUGCUCUUCACAGGAUCCAAAGACCGUACAUGUAAAGUCUGGAACUUGGUGACGGGUCAAGAGAUAAUGUCUUUAGCAGAUCAUCCCAGCAGUGUUGUCUCAGUCAGGUACACUUCUAGCCUCGUCUUCACUGUCUCCACUGCUUACAUCAAAGUCUGGGACAUACGAGAUUCUGCCAAGUGUAUACGGACGCUUACGUCGUCAGGCCAGGUGGGCUCGGGAGACACGUGUUCCUCUGCGCGGAGUUUAUCCAUCCCACCAGGAGAGAGCCAGAUCAACCAGAUCGCUCUCAACCCCUCUGGCUCCUUCCUCUAUGCUGCUGCUGGCAACGCUGUGCGCAUGUGGGACCUCCGCAAGUUCGUGUCCACGGGGAAGCUGACUGGCCAUUUGGGACCGGUCAUGUGUCUGACUGUUGAUAAGUUGGGUCAUGGACAGGAUGUUGUCCUCACCGGCUCCAAAGACCAUCAUGUUAAAAUGUUCGAAGUAGCAGAGGGCGCUCAGGGUAGCAUCACCUCCAGCCAUACGUUUGAGCCCGCUCAUCUGGAAGGCGUGGAGUCCCUCGCCGUGUACGGAGACGUUUUCUACAGCGGCUCCAGAGACUAUUACAUCAAAAAGUGGGACUUGGCCGGUAAACAGCUGCUACAGCAGUCGGCCAGUGCCCAGGCAGACUGGGUGAGCGCUCUGGGCGUGGUGCCAGGCUCCCCGGUGCUGCUCAGCGGAUGCAGAGGAGGGCUGCUGCGUCUUUGGCACGCCGACUCGCUAGCACCCCUCGGCGAGGUCCGCGGACACGACAGCCCCAUUAAUGGCCUGGCCACCAACAGCUGCCAACUGUUCACCGCCUCGGAUGACCGCACAGUGAAAAUUUGGGAAACUAAAGGAUCUCUGGAGGAAGGAGUCCACUGACAUCUGAUUCCUUCUCUUCAACCAAUCACAAUGAAUCUGUCAAACGGUGGAUGGGUAGCCCAGAGUGGAGUGUGCCCCCCCCCCCCCCCAGACUGAAAAGUCAUCAUCUUUAAACAACACCGAUCUCUAUUACUGAUUUACUGAUACUUUCGGUCAAACUGGAUCACCACAAACUCAGUGGAGUCAGAGUCAGUGGACCAGAACAGCUGGAGUGAACAGCACCUCUCAUAACUGUAAAAUGAAAGGAAAACUACGGAUUUAAGGAUCCGCGUUAAUUGAUCCAGGAGUCUCUCCUGUGCUUUCAACAUUCCUCUCCUCAGUUCAGCGCAAGACAACAUGGAUACCUUCUUUGCAUACAGUGAAAUUUGCUGAGAAAAAAAAAAAAAAAGGGUGCAGCGCUUUGCUUCCUCGCACCAAAUGAAAAAGACAAGCAUUCCCCUUUGAAUCUCCUGCUCACCAGCAAUGUGAGUCUCUCCUGUGUGUUCACAUGAUGUGUUGUGUCUUCCUGUCAUUGCUCUACAGGCUGAUUCAGGUUGUGUGUGUGUGUGUGUGUGUGUGUGUGUGUGUGUGUGUGUGUGUGUGUGUGUGUGUGUGUGUGUGUGUGUGUGUGUGUGUGUGUGCGCGCGCGUGUGUGUUUGUGUGCGUGUGUGUUCUCUGUAAGCAAGGACCAAAUAACUACUGAAACUUGCAUGUUCUUCAGCUGUUACUGCCGGACCCUCCAGUGGAAAGAUAGAGGCCUCUAAAUAAAAUAAAACAUCAUGUCAUCCUGUGACGAUUUACAAAUUUUCCACUUUUCUCUCAGCGCUUUCAUCAGUGUUAGGUCAGUGUUCAUUAAAUCACCUGCUCAGCGAUAUUAUAUCUCUACAAUAACAUGUAUCACAGCUGAACUAUAUCCUUACACACUGCCGUACAGAAGCAGAGAGCAGGAACUACAGAAACCUAUACAUACAGGCUUAUAGAAACAGCAUAGUGAUAAAAAUGUUUACACACUCUACAGUUAAACCCCUGCUUUUAUCUGUUAGCAAACUUGUUAAACCCCGGUCAGACCAGCUGUUACAUCCAGAUUAAAAUGUGUUUAAAAGUGUUUCCCCGGCUCGGAUAUUUCAGACUGAGGUAAACACUGUUUUCCUCUCUCGUCGGUGAUGUGUUGUCGGCGGUCAGCUGGGUUUCUGGUUUCAAGUAUUCUCUGGUUGAUACACAAACAGUUUUGUAGCCUUAAGUGGUGUUUUAGUUUUCCCCCGUGCUCUCCUGUAAGCAUGCUCCCCUCUGGCUUCUCCGACCCGCGUCUCUCAGGGCACAUUUUUUCUCACUUCCAGGAUUUCGAUUCUUUUAGCUGAAGAAGGUUGCCCGCUGAGUAUUUACGUUCUCUAAACUUUAGUGUCUGCGCAGCCGUUUCAAAAAACUGAAGUACAGCCUAGGCAGCAGAAGUGCUUUUAGGACAUUUAUAACAAGUAGUGUAACGGUUAAAUGAGACUUUGAAGAGACGCUGUUUCUAAUCAGAAUAAUGGAAAUGGAAAUCAUUCAUGUUGAUGCAAUCAAGCACCUUGUAAUCCCCUAAAUCAUGGAGUAUUUUGUGAAAGCAUCUAUUCCUGAAAGAUGUGUGUGUGUGUGUGCGUGCGUGCGUGCGUGUGUGUGUGUGUUGUUCAAUCCAAACGAUGUGAUAAGUUCUCAGUGAGUUCUCCAUCCACAGUGCUGUUCACCUCUGUUAACUGCACACACGCGACAGCAGAGCGUUUCAGAACAUCAGUCUUUCAAAUUGAGUGUAAAAAAAAAAAAAAAAUUACUAUUUAUUUAUACUUUCUUUGAUUUUUUUUUUUUUUGUUUUGGAUUUUGCUGUUGUGUGUUCCUUAUCAGUCUGAGAGUUUGAACUCAUUCCCAUCUGAUGCCUCUGAGACGAUGGACUGCACAGAAUUUAGGGGAUGGAUUUCUCCAUAAUCAGAGGUGUAUUAUCAGUGCCUGUUAUAAAUCCUAAACUGUGGGUAUUGAGUUGUCCUAUUGCAACCUGAUAAAUGUGGACUGUUCCUCAUUAAAAUGUUCAGGUAAGCAAUUUAUCAUGAACUAUCCGUGCAUUUCUUUGAGAUUUAUUGGAAAUACACUUGCUGCUGUGGUUUAGACAUUGGAGGUAGACACUGUUUAAAUCAAUAGGACUAAAAUAAUUGCACUGAAAAAUCAUAUUUUUUAGAUAAGUUUCCCAUCUGACUCACAGCACAGUUUACAGUAGAGUGGUUUUCAGUCCCGUUGGUUUGCACUUGAAUUGCUAAAGAAAUGAUCCCAAAAAGAAACAAUAGGCUGUAAGUGUUCAGUCAAAUUCAAGAUGAACCUUAAUAAUCCUUCUAAUUGUAGUUGUAUCUUAUUUUGGAAAUUUUCUGUAAAUCUCUCUUAUGUAAAUACAACUGUUGUUGUUGUUUUUUUCCUGCUGAUUCUGUUGUGCAUAAAUUCAAGCCGCAGUGUGAAAAUAGAUUGUAAAAUAAACCGGUUUUACAAGUG